UCUCACUCGGCUCGUUUUCUUUGUUGUCGGUAUAAAGGAUUUGUUCUGAACCUUCUUUUCUCAUAUGAUAUUUCUUUGUGGAUAAUUAUCUCUUGUUUGAAAACACGCCCAUAAAGUUCAUUGGAUUUUAGCACCAUUUAUGGGAAUAUGUGAUUGUGGAUUGCGAAUGUUUAUUUACCUAACGCGUGUGGAAUGUAUGGAUUUCAGUAAAUAUUUUCAUCGAUUAAGUGGAUAUCAUUAAUCAAACUCGAACGCAUGGUGACGACAACUCAAGGUGCAAGGAUGACGAUCGUUUUCAGCGGAGGCAAUUCUCGUUCUCCAAACGAUAGUAGGAUCCUGUCUGUCGAUAUUAAUCCCAUUAGGAGCGUCCAAGAUGAAGUGAAACUAUGUGGACGAGACUUGGUGACAAUACCAGAGUAUGUCCGGAGAAAUGUGCAUUUGAGGAUUUUAGAUCUGUCCAACAAUAACUUGGGACGAUCGAAAGACAAUGUGAUUUCAGACUUAUCUGAACUGAAAAAUUUGACGAGACUUAAUUUAUCAAUCAACGAAUUAAAAACAGUUCCGUUGGAUUUCGUUUUGUUUCCGUUUUUGGAAGUGCUAUGUUUAUCGGGAAAUGAACUGGAAUAUUUACCCGAUGGUGUUACAAGUUUGCAUAGGUUGAAACGCUUCCACUGUGACUUUAAUCAUAUUCGGAGCCUACCCCAAGACUGGUCUUCUCUUGUGUCACUGACAUCACUCACAGUGUCGAACAACCACUUGGAGAAGAUUCCGAGUACGAUAUGGAACCUGCAGUGUUUAGAGAUUCUCAAUCUACAAAGGAACCGAAUUUCCUUCUUAGAUCCUUUGCCAGACGGAGCUGCCUCUAGAUUAAAAGAACUCAGACUUGCGUGGAAUAGAUUAUCCGGAUCCUUAGAUUUGUCUCAACUUGUGAACCUCUCUCAUCUGGAUGUAUCUCACAAUGAUCUCGAUGAUCUCGAGGUGUCGAACCUCCAGAAGCUUGAAUCCCUCCUCGUCAGCCAGAACGCUCUGAAGACCCUGAACCUGGAAGGAUCCAGACUGAGGACUUUGCAGGCCGAUGGAAACGGUUUAGAAGCAAUCACAUGCAAGCAAGUUCCUUUGUAUCUCGAGAAACUAGAUAUUUCGCACAACAAUUUUGAAUUUCUUCCUGAAUGGAUCACAGAAGCAAAAUCCUUGCACACGAUAUCUGCAAAUCAUAAUCAUCUGUCUCAUAUUCCUGCAGAGAUUUUUUCUUGCUGCAAUCUUAUGGACCUUAGGCUGAAUCACAAUUUCUUGGUCAAACUUCCCGAUUUUCUCACCCAGUGCCAUAUGAAAUCACUCUCCUUGCAAUAUAACAAAUUUGAGAAGCUGCCGUAUAAUUUCUUCUGGGCAUUGCCAUGUUUGGAAAUGCUCAACUUAUCCUACAACUCCCUGAAAUCGCUUCCAGUCUCCUGUGAUUCUGUAAUCAACCUGAAAACGUUACUACUGUCAGGAAAUGAACUGAAUGACCUCACAAAUCUCGUCAAUCUGCUCAAACUCUCAAGAAUAGAAUGUUUGCACCUAGCUUACAACAAAAUUAAGGAGCUCCCAGAUGGUUUCUUUCAGGCCUUACAUUUUCUCCGAACACUUUCACUCUCCGGAAAUGAUUUGGAGAGCAUCCCUAGUCAAAUUGCUAAAGCACACAAUCUAGAGAAAUUAUAUUUGCAUUCUAAUCAGCUGGCUUCCAUUCCCAAAUUCAGCGAAUCUGACAAUCUACAGGUUCUUGAUUUAGCUUGCAAUAAAGUGCAUCAGUUGGAGCUGGCUUCCAUUGUUGCAAAAGAUCUUACAUAUCUAGAUUUAUCAGCCAACUUUGAAUUGAAAAUUGAUCCCACAGAUUUUCAGCAUUUAUGCUGCCGAAGGUCUGUUGCUGUAGUCGAUGUGAACUGUGCUGGCCGUCAAGCUCCUCUGACUGACAGCAAUUUAAAGGAAGCAGAAAUCAGUUGCCCUUGGAUACUGGGUUUUACAGAAUCUCAAGACGGGAACACCAGAAUUUACAUCGAAUUUCAGAAAGAUCCUUCCAAUGGGAAACAGGAAGCACUCAUAGCACUCAUGGAAUUGGAUGAUGUUACUGAAGUAGGCGAACUUCGCAGCGUGUUGCCAGAACUUUUGAAAGCGGAGAGAGAAGGCAGGGAAUCAUAUCCUCAGUUCUUAAGGAAUUGUCUUGUGUCAAGUGUCAGGUAUUUGAGAGGUCGAGGUUAUUCAAGGGAUUUAGGCAUCACAAUGUGCCAUCUCUCCUCAUUUAGUGGCAGUCCUGUGACCCUGAGGUUAGGGACAAUUGGUAGGCCUUCAUCGUGCGUCUUAGGAAGGUCUGGGAACAUUAUUGUAUUGGCUCACAGGCAAGAAGUGCCACCUUUCGGAAUUGAAGAAUGGGCCUCCGCUAUGCAGGUUACAGACGUUUGCUACAACAAUUAUCUGAGCAACCUCCAAAGCAACACACCUAACCCUAAAGGCUCUUGGACUACCAUUCCAGAACCAGAAGUAAGAGAGCUAGUCCUCAGCCCACAAGAUAAAUUCCUCGUAUUCGGAGACAGUUUUUUCUCCAAGACCAUCCCAGCAGACGAAGUGUGUCGGCAAGUGCAGGCGACGACCUCUCCUGUGGCUACAGGUAAAGCCUUAUCCGAGAUGUACUCGGCCCUCACCAAUGGCAAGAGAGAAUGUAUCGCCGUUAUCAUGCUCAAGGCGGACGUCAACCAACCUGUUGAGGAAGAAGUUGAGAAAUAUCGCUGUUGGGAAUUCAUGUUAGAGCAGAAUCAUAAAUUGCUCUUCACUAAAGAACUAGAGACUCUCCAUAAGACGAUAGUGCUCACUGGAGAACAGACCACCGACCCUACUUCAAAUGGAGAUCCGGGAUCCUGGUACACCACAGCUUUGUCCAAAUACAAGUGUCCACUACCUUCUCAUAGGGGUAGAUACUAUUGCUAUGGUAACAAGAUAGAAUGAUUGAAGGAACGAACUGAAUUGGAAAUAAUGCUUUUAAAAAUGAGCGUUAUUACGCUUUUGGAAUAUGAAGCCGGUGUUUAAUUUCAUUAGCGAACAUAUUUCACAUACUCAAUGACAGAGUUAGAAAUCCUAAACAUUUUCUGAACUCAGAUUCUAAUUCUGAUUUGUGCAUUCUACAGCCUGAUCUUUGGAUGCGUCUGGCCUAAAGUUGAAUACUGUGAAAAGUUCCUAUGAAUGAAGUCUUCAAAUCCGCAUUUUUCAGCCUUUAAAAAAAGUCGAAAGCUGUGUUCAUAAAUUUCUGUAUCAUAUGGAAAUGUAUAAAAAAGACGCAUUACAGAGUAAGUUUGCCAGGGAUGCGAGUUAUAGGUUUUGAUAUUUUUGAAACAAAUAUUACAAACUACAGUCAUUCAGAAUCUGAGAAGUGACUAAUUGAUUGAUAAGUACUGACUGUGGUGUUCCAAAGACAUGCGUUAGGUCCUACAUUAGAAUGAGUCUUGUCAAUUCAAAAUGAGAACAAAAAUCGGAGAACAAAUCUUUUUAAAACUGUUAUCUUUGAAAGUUUUGAAAGAAAGAUAUCUCGAAAAAAACUAAAAAUCAUUUUUAAAAUAAGCCAUUUCAGUCCAUUUUCUAAACCAUCAGCCAAAAUUUGGAAUUAAAGUAAGUCUGAUGACUAUUUUGCAUAUAUGAACGGUUGUUAUAUGCAAAUACUGAAAAUUAAGCAUGAUUCUAUUCCUAUAGUUUUAACUUAGUUAGUUCUUCAAGUUCAAGUUCACUUAGUUCUUCAAAUUACAAAUAAGGAAAUAUCCGCAUCUCUUUAAUAAUAAAAUGAUGACAUCGAAAAAUUUCGAAUACAAAGAAAAACAGCUCUUUAAAUUACUGAUAUCUUUUACAUUUUGUCUUUGCCAUAUGAUCCAGAAGGAUUUAAUUACUUUAAGAAGAAAAGAAAGGGACUAAAAGGCAAAGGAAUAAAUCCCAGGAAUUCAGAGAUAUAAGAAAGUCGAGAUUCUAGGAACAUUUAAAAAAAAAACGAUCAAAUAACUGUAUAGUGCAUAUUUUCUAUUAUUUUGUACAUAUUGAAAUGCUUUAUCUGGAUUGUAGUCGAUGUUACUUUCUUAAGAAUUAUCAUUUCUUUUUUUUUUGCUGAAAGAAUAACAAUUUAUAAUAUUCAGAGAUAUAAGAAACAUGAGAAGAAAAAGUUAAAGCGAAAAACUGGCUAAAAAUUCUUAACUUCAAUUAUGACCAUGGAUAUCUAAAGAUGACUUGCAUUUAAAUAAAAUAAAUAAAAUGCGACCAUAAAAGAAUUUCAAUUCCUUGUUGUAGCAUCCAACAACAAUUGCGAAGGAAAUUUAAAGUAAAGAUAUUUCAAUGCUUGAGAGUUAGAAAAUGAACAAAACCAAACAUUCACAGUUACGGUUGCAGCUAUGAAAUUUCAAAGAUUGCAAAAGCAUCAUCCACAUUUUUGCAUUUCUUAUUAUUCGUGGUGUAGAGAAAAAAAAAACCAUGUUCGGGACUGGAAAAUGUUAGCAUGAGAAGUGCGACUAUAACAUGCAGUUAAAAAUUGUGGAAAUAAUCAUUGAAAGGCAUCAAGGGUCUGUUAUCCCCUAUUGUAUUACACAAUUACGGUUAAUACAUCUUAAAAUGCAAGACAGAGAAAUGACACAAAGUUAAAGCAUUUAAAUUAGUUUUAGAAAUCUCUCAUGUGCUUUCACAUUAUUUUUGCCUGUGGGAGAUAGUCAAUAACCACGAGGUGUGCUGCCAGAAAUCUGCUCUUCUAAUGCUGUCUUUCAAGUCAAAUCCUAUUUCGAUAUUCAUAUAUGUAUAUAUAGAGAGAACCCUUGAUUAUCCAAACUUCAGUUGAUCUAAAAUUCUGUAAACAAAAACUUGGAGAGCAAAAAAAAAAAAAAAAACGAAAUAAUUGACUUAAAUAAAUGUUUUCAAUCAACGAUGUGUAAAGGCAAUAUUUAAAUAAAUAAAUUUUUAAACAAUGUU